AUGGAAAAUAUUUCAAUAGAGAACAUCAAUGUCAAUGAAAUUUAUAAUAAAAAAAGGAAACAAAAUGUAGUUCAAAAAAAAAAUACAAGUAAUGAUGAGAUGAUAAAUACGUCCACAGAUAUAGCUAUAUCUGGUGAAAAUCACAAACCUAAAGAAUUUAUAAAAAGAACAAAAAAAAAAAGUAAAAUAUCAGAUGCAGAAAAUAUGGAAAUUUCUCAAGAAAAUGAUGAGGGGAAAAAUAGUUUAUCAUUAGAUGGUCCCUUAAAGAAUGGAGAUAAUAUAGAUGUUGUUUAUAAUUAUAAUUCUAGUAAUAAUAAUGAAGAAGAUGAAAAACAUGUAGAUAUAAUAAAUAAUGAUUAUAAAACAAAAGAUGAUACAAAUAAUAUUCUAAAACUUAACAAUAAUAAUAAUAAAUUGAAUAGUAUCUUACCCCAAGAUAACAGUGAUGACAAUAAAAGAAUAAAUAUUUGUGAAGAUGGUAAUAUAAAUAUAAAUAAUGAAAAUAUAAAAAAAAAAAAUAAUAAAGAAAUUAUAUCCGAAUUAAAGACUACUCUUAAUAUUGUUGAAAAUUCAAAUGCUCAACAUAAUAUUGAAGGAUUAAAUAAAGAAGAAAUUACUAUGCUUGAUUCAUGGUAUUUUGCUAAUAAGAUGAAAAUUAUUCCAUACUUAUUUGACGACAAACCUAUACAUAUAAAUUUAUUGAAUUCGUUAUAUAUGUUACAUCCAUAUUUUAAAAACCAUAAGACAAAAAUUAUAAUAUAUUUAAGGUUUGUAAAAAAUAAAUAUCAAAAUAUUAUAAAGAAGAAUAGUGAAAAAUAUAACAAUGAAACAAUAGAAAUCGAAUGUAAGGCAACCAUGUUAAAGAUAUUAGAAAAUAAAAUUGAAAAUUUUAAAGAUAUUCAAUAUAUGGAUAAAGUUAUUACGUUAAUACAAAAUGAAAAUUCCUAUAUUAAUAUCAAAUAUUUUUUCCUCUUUAUUUUAGAUGUAUCUAAUGAUUAUAUAAUGUAUGAAAAUUUUUUACAACAAAAUGGAUUAUUAUGUAUAAAAAAUCUUUUACAUAAUAUUGCUGAGAAAAAGAUUAUAAAAAAAAAUAUACCUUUAUUAAUUAUAUUAUUGAACUUUUUGAAAAAUUUAAAUAUUAAUCUCAAUCAUUUAAAAACAACCCUUAUCGGCAUACCUAUAAAUUUCAUAGCAAGGAAUAAAAUAGAUGAACAAAAUAAUUUGGAUUACGUCACAGAUAAUAACAAAGUUAUACAACUAGCAAAAGAAUUAAUAAAUAAAUGGAAAUUAAUAAGAGACCAAGCUUUAAAUAAUAAUAACAAUAAUAAUAAUAAUAAUAAUAAUAAUAAUAAUAAUAAUAAUAAUAAUAAUAAUGAAAAUCAAAAUGAUCAGAAUGGACAAAUAGAAAUUGUAAAUAUUAACAAAGUAGAAAAAGAUAUAGAAGAAGCACAAAAAGAAAAUGCAAAUAAUAAUAAUAAUAAUAAUAAUAAUUUUAUAUCUAAUAUGAUUAAUGCUACAACAAAUCAGCAUAUAAACAUUUUAAAUGGUACUAAACCAAAAUCAAAUAAAAAAUCAGCCAAUUCUGUUUCAAAAAAUGAAAAUAAAAAUAUCAUGCUUGAAAUUAUUGAUAAUAUAAAUGAAGAAUAUGAAAAAAAAAAAAAAAGGCAUUUGGAAUAUAAAAAAGCCAAAAUUGAAGGUAAAAUUAAAAAAUUUAGUGCUCUAAAAAAUAGUACAGAAAUAAAAAAAAAAACAGAAAAUCUAUUAAUCAAUUUAAGUAGCGAUAACUUGAUUCGUCCCCAUAGUGAUAAUAAUAAUAAUAAUAAUAGAAUUCAUUCUAACCCUAUGAUUAAUAAUAAUAUUUUGUCUCAUAAUAUGUAUGGCACGGAUUAUAAUUGUAUAUAUUCCAAUGAUAGAAAAAAUAAUAAUAUUAAUAAUGAACAUUUAAACAGAGAUAUAUACAAUGAUGGUAUGGCUAGUUCGUAUAAUCAUAUGAACAAAAAUUUUCAUUCACAAAAUUAUACAAGGAUGGGAGAUCAUUCCAUGGAUUCUCCAAACUAUAUGAAUAAAUAUAAUAUGAAUAAUAGACAUAAUUCAAACGAGGCAUCAACAAAUAGGCAACCCUUUCCUCAGUAUGGUCCAAUAAAUACACCAUCAUCCAUAAAUAAAAAAAAUGCUCACAGUAAUAAUAAUAAUAAUAAUAAAUAUAUUAAUGAUAAUUAUUAUAAUAACAAUAGUAUGAUUCCUAAUAAAUAUAGUCCAGAUGGUAGAUAUUCACCAUCCAGCCUUCCCACAAAACAAUUUCAGAAUGAAAAAUAUGGUAACGUUUCUCCACAUAUAAAUGAUCCUUUAAUAAAUAAAAAUAACUAUGAGAGACAUAAUUAUAAUCCUUCGGAUCGUCACACGUAUGACAGAAAAAGCAAUGAAAAGAAUUAUAAACCAUCCAAAUUUUCAACAAAAAGAACAAACAAAUUUACAUAUGAUGAACCACCAUUUGAUAAUAAUAUAAAUGUGAAAGAUGCAAAACAAAAUAUAAAAGAUCCCUUUGAAUAUUAUUCUAAUAAUAAUAUGCAGAAGGAACCGUAUAAAAAUAAUAAAAAAUUAGAAAUAGAAAAUAUAAGAAAUCUACUUAAUAUUGAUGCAAAUAUGUCUUCACAGCAAUAUUAUAAUAAUGUUAUAAAUGAACAAAUGAAUAUACAAACAAUGAAGAAUGAUAACAAUUUUAAAAAUUCAAAACAAAGGCGCAUCAUGGAACAGUUUGAAAGUCUGAAUUUAUUACUCAACAGCAGUAAUAUUAAUAAUAACAACAACAACAACAACAAUAAUAAUAAUAAUAAUAAUAAUAAUAAUAAUAAUAAUAAUAAUAAUAAUAACAAUAAUAAUAAUAAUAAUAAUAAUAUGGAUGAAUCAUUAGAUAGUUCUUUAGAUGAUAUUUUUUCAUUCUUUAAAAAGUUUGAAAAUGUUCAAGAAAAUUAUCAAAUUAAUAAAAGUGAUUUUAUUUAUCCAGCUAGUAUAUUUCAAGAUAGUGAAAUAAAAAAAUAUGAUAUUAUCAUAACAUUUAAAUAUGAUAGUCAUGAUAAUAUUCCAAUAUAUAUAAAAUUUAAUACAACAUCAAAUAAAAAUAUGAUCAACACCAAAUUUUUAAAUAAUAAUUAUCCAAACCAAUUAAACAAUACAGAACCAUAUAAUAAUAUGGAUCAAGAUCAUAUUAUAAAUAAUUCAAAUCAAAAUUUUAAUAUAUUACCAUUAUCUGAAUUAUUUCAUCAAUCAAACAUAAAUGAAUUAAAAUUGCCUCCUAUCAUACCACCUAUAUUACCUAAUUUAAAUAAUUCACAAAAUAUUAUACCACCUAUAAUGUUUCCUUAUAACAAUUCUAAUGAUUAUGCUAAUACAAAUACAAAUAUAAAUUCUGCAUUUUCAUCAGAUAAUAUUUCGUAUAACAAUAACAGCUCAAUAAAUGAAUUUGUUAAAAUUUUUGAUGAGGGCAUCCAAAAAAUUCUACUUAAAAAUAAAGACUUAGCUAACUUGUUAAUGAAUAAACCAGAUGUUGUACAAAAAAUGUUGAAAGGACCACAGUAUAUUAACGAGGCCUUAUCGUCUUUAGAGAACGAAUUAAUAAAUUGGAAUAGAUAA